CUCUGUCAAGAACACUUGAGAAGGGUAAACAGCUCUCGUCUCUUGGACGCAGAUCCAGCGCACAAAGAGAGCUGGACAGUGAGCACAGCCACAUAUUUGCUUAUUCUGGGGUAGGUGUAAAGAGGAACCAUCAUGGCAGGCGACAUGUUGUUGCUGAUGAGAGGCCUAGCCAAGCUCAGCCAGGCCGUGAUUGAGACCCAGGCAGGCUCUCUGCGUAGCAGUGGGUUCCAAGCUGUAAGCCAGAGCAUGCAAAUGACAGCUGAACAGGGCAUGAGUGUGGCCAUGCAGAAGAUCCAGGAGUUCACAGGGGGCCAGCAGAGUGUUUCUGAUUUCAACACAGACGUGGACUCCAAGUAUGAUUUCACAGCUUCAGAGGAGGACUUUGAAAACAAAGCACAUGGAGGUUUGAACAGUGAUUCAGUUUUCAGGGACGCUAACACAGGUGCUACGCACACAUACAACCAGCCCUCAGGAAAGUCAAAGCUGUUCGAAGGUUACAAGGACCCUACAAGCCAGUUCACCGGACAAACACGAUCCUAUCACCAGGAUCACUCUUCUGUGGGAGGCAUCACAGCUGAGGACAUUGAAAAAGCCAGGGAGGCAAAGCAAAACGGCUCCAAACCACACAAACAAAUGCUUAGUGAAAGAGCAAGAGAGCGGAAGGUACCGGUCACAAGGCUUGGGAGACUAGCGAAUUUUGGAGGUCUUGCUUUGGGUUUGGGUAUUGGAGCUUUGGCAGAAGUGGCAAAGAAAACCCUGAGAUCAGAGGAGAAGAAUGGUGAAAAGAAGGCAGUUUUGGACAACAGCCCCUUCCUUUCGGAGGCCAAUGCGGAGCGUAUCGUCAGGACUUUGUGUAAAGUGCGUGGCGCGGCCCUCAAGCUUGGCCAAAUGCUCAGUAUACAGGAUGAUGCAUUCAUCAACCCACAGCUGGCCAAGAUCUUCGAACGUGUGCGUCAGAGUGCUGACUUCAUGCCUAUCAAACAGAUGAUGAAAGCCUUGAACAAUGACCUGGGACCGAACUGGAGGGAGAAACUAGAUCUUUUUGAGGAAAGACCCUUUGCUGCCGCCUCCAUUGGUCAGGUGCAUCUGGCCAGGAUGAAAGACGGUCGAGAAGUCGCCAUGAAAAUCCAGUACCCUGGAGUCGCACAGAGCAUCAACAGUGACGUGAAUAACCUGAUGACUGUCCUGAACAUGAGCAACGCUCUUCCUGAAGGGCUGUUCCCGGAUCAUUUGAUAGAUGUGAUGCGACGUGAGCUGGCACUGGAGUGUGAUUACAUAAGGGAAGCCAAGUGUGCUCGGAAAUUCAAGGAACUCCUAAAGGAUCAUCCCUUCUUCUACGUGCCAGAGGUAAUCGACGAACUCAGCAGCCAGCACGUCCUCACCACCGAACUGGUGCCUGGAUUUCCCUUGGAUCAGGCUGAUGGACUUUCACAAGAAUUGAAAAAUGAGAUCUGCGAGAACAUCCUCUGCCUUUGUCUGAGGGAGCUGUUUGAGUUCAGAUACAUGCAGACAGAUCCUAACUGGUCCAAUUUCUUUUAUGAUCCACAAACCCACAGGGUUGCUUUGCUGGACUUCGGUGCAACACGAGGGUUUGAUGAGAGUUUCACUGACGUUUAUAUUGAGAUCAUCAAGGCUGCAGCAGAUGGCGAUCGGGAAGGAGUGCUGAAGCGAUCCAUAGAUAUGAAGUUCUUGACUGGUUAUGAGUCGAAGACCAUGCUGAACGCCCAUGUGGAUGCAGUGAUGAUCCUGGGUGAGGCUUUUGCCUCCGAAGAGCCGUUUGACUUUGGAUUGCAGAGCACCACGGAGCGCAUCCACAACCUCAUCCCCGUCAUGCUGAAACAGCGCCUCAUCCCUCCACCCGAAGAAACCUACUCCCUGCACCGCAAAAUGGGUGGCUCCUUCCUCAUCUGCUCCCGCCUGAAGGCUAAGCUAUGCUGUAAAAACAUGUUUAAAGAGGCCUACAGCAAUUACUGGAGCAAUAAGAAGAAAGGUCCAAGCCAGUGACACACAGAGCUUUUCAAACGAGAAACUUGGAUAAGCAGAAAAUGCUCUGGCCAGUCGCUCGAAUGUAAAUGAAUGGCACUUUUGUCCCAACUGACUCAACCGUACCAUCAUACAUGUUUUUGGCUUUUGUUUUUCCCUUUUGAGUGUGUUAAUGGGAAAUAAUGUCCAUGAUUAUCCAAAGUCGUGUGGUGCAAAGAAAGCUAUUCAAACGAAUGUAUCUGUGUGCCUACGGAAAUUCCUAGAACCGGGAAAGCUGGUUACUCAUCAGGCGUGACGAUUGGCUGUAGAACAUUUCAGAACCAAGCCAACAGUUUUUUUUUCCAGGAUGCCGGACUACGCUCGUGAGGACCGUCUCCCUAAAUCAGUGUAUUAACUCUGAUACGUUUAUCAUUUGAGAAAGCAUUACAAUGUUUAUUUUUCUUAUUUCGGUUUGUGAUUUGUGAAUAUUUGCGCACAAUAUUGGCCAAAGUAUGAUAAAGGGAAGUUCCUGAAAGAAAAGCGCAGGCUUUGAUGCACCUGCUGCUGUCACAUAUGUGUUAUCAGUGUAGGUUGCCUACAAGCUCGCUUGUUUUAGCUUGUAAAACCACCACAACUACUUUGUCAUAGUGCAUUUUAAAAAGCUAGGAUAUUAAUGAUGGGAUGAGGUAUCACACUAUCACUGAUGUGUGAGAUGUACAUGAAUUUAAAUGUGCCUACAUGAAGGUGAGAGCUUGAAAGCAUUAUGGUUUGAUAUCAGAGCAUUGAUGAAAAAGGUGUUUUUUUUCUAAUGUUCCUGCUAUUGGCUUUCUUACUAAAAAUUGUGAUAAAAUUGUCUGAAUAUAUUAAAUUUUUGGAAUCAACACACUCGUUUUAAAUGUU